UGAGUAAUUAAUUGUACUCUUGUGGACACCUGAUGGAGACAAGAAUAAGAUGAUUUCUUAGUAGGAAGCAAGUGGGCUUAUAUUGUGCCUAACUUAGCGCCGAUACAUUGAAACAAUUGUCUCUUACUGAUCUAAUCGGUACUUUUAUUUUCUCAUAGGUUUCCAAAUGCAGAUGGUGAGCUAAGAUCCAUGGUUAUCUUAAUCCUCCAUCAAAGUUAACCCAUUUUCCAACUUACCUUAAAGAAUAUUUGAUCCAAUUGAUUUGGUCUACGAUUAUGUUUGGUCACUUGAAACAAUUCUCAUAUUGUUCAUUUAGAUUUUUGAUGGAAAACAAUAUCUAUUCAAAGAUCAUUUUCCCAAAUUCUUUGACUUUGAUAUGGUUGAUCAUUGAAACGGAUCGAAUUGGAUUCGCUAUCACUAUUUGAUAAACUGAAAAGGUGAAAAUAUGGUGGAAAUUUUAUUCAUUUAAACCAUUAAAUCACCCAACCUUUUCAACCUUAACAAUUGAUUUUUAAAUUGAUGAAAUUAAAUAUAUAAAGUGUUGUAAAUGUUAACACUAGAUGGAGCUGAUUAUCGUUGAAACGAGUAACCAUUUAAUGGUUUUUGUUUCCACUCAAAGCUGACACAAAAUUAUCAUUUAAGUUUCUCAUCAACACACAAUAACUUUCAAUUAAUUUUGUCAAACAAAAGUGUUAAUCUAUAUAAAAAAAAAUAACAGUUCUUGUAACUAAUUGAUGUCAAAUUAACUAUGGCGGAAAUGGAAGAUCAAAUUCCGGAAAUAGAGCUUAUCAUCAAGGCUUCAACUAUUGAUGGUCGUCGUAAAGGAGCCUGUUUAUUUUGCCAUGAAUAUUUCAUGGAUCUUUAUCUAUUGGCCGAGUUGAAGACUAUCUCAUUAAAGGUUACAACUGUGGACAUGUUAAAACCGCCGCCAGAUUUUCGUUCCAAAUAUGAUUCAACACCACCACCAAUACUUGUUGAUGGAGAUUUAGCUAUUCUUGAGAAUGAGAAAAUUGAAAGAUACAUAAUGAAAAAUAUUCCUGGAGGUCACAAUCUAUUUAUCUCUGACAAAGAAACAGCAACUGUCAUCGAGAAUUUAUACAGUAAAUUCAAACUGAUGUUUGCCAGGAAAGAUGAAAUCUCUAAAAGAUCCUUGAUGAGCCAACUUAGAAACAUCAAUGAACAUUUGGAUAAACGCGGAUCAAGGUUCUUAACUGGUGACACUAUGUGCUGUUUUGAUUGUGAAUUGAUGCCUCGAUUACAGCAUAUCAGAGUAGCUGGAAAAUAUUUCUGUGAAUUUGAAAUUCCCGAAGAGUUUUCCGCUCUAUGGAGAUACAUGUACAAUAUGUAUCUUCUUGACGCUUUCACCCAAUCCUGUCCAUUUGAUCAAGAUAUUAUCAAUCACUAUAAACUUCAACAAGGAACCAAAAUGAAGAAACAUGAGGAACUUGAGACACCCACAUUUACCACCUCAAUACCCUCUUCGAUUAAAGUUACCAAAUGAAUUUUCAUGAAGAUAUUGAAUAUGGUUGAAAUUUGAAGAGAAAAGGAAAAAUUCAAAACCAAUUCAACUAAUUAUUAUACAAAAAGAAAUUUUUGUUUUGUCAAAUCAAGAAUAUGUUUUGAAAUAUUUUUGUUAAUUAUCUCUCUCUCUCUCUCUCAUUGUAUAUCAAAGAAUAGCUGAGAUUUAAUCUAUCAAAUCUCCUGGUUAUUUCAUAAAAAAAGCUCUAGAUUCAUGUCAAUUCGAGUGUUUUUACUUAUCAAUUACACCUUACAAACUUUAA